AUACGUAACAUGGAGAUAUAUAAUACCAUUUGAAAGAUUAUCAAUCUUCUUGUUAAGUAACAUCUGACGAAAGAGAAACACACACAAUGUCAAACAGUUGUCCGAUCCUUGGUCCUAGGUGUGAGUUAUGUAACUGCUCAGGCAGUGGAUGCCAAUCUCAAUUCCCAGGAUUGAAAGUGGAGUGGCCAGAGCUAAAAGGAGUGAGUGGACUUCAAGCAAAGGCAACGAUAGAAAAUGACAAUCCACGUGUGACAGCUUUCAUAUACCCUGAAGGUGUUUAUCUACCAUCCAUCAAUUGUUGCAACCGUGUCGUUCUCUAUGUUCCAGCCGACGAUUGUCCCAAUGGUCCUGUCCUAAACCGUCCAAUCGUUGGAUGAGUCUACUACUAUUUUGUUGUUGUUCUUUUCAUAACUCAAGUUUUUCAUCUUGAGCUUCAAUAAUUUUUGAAGUAUGUUAUACUUCCUUCAGCUGUUCUCAUGAAUAAUAAAAUGAAAUUUAA